AUGUCUCAUUCCAUGCCCUCUGUGGACCUUUCCCAAACUCGUCAACCUAAUUUGUAUGCUUCUUCAAUAUUACCUUUCGUCGUCGCGGUUCUCUGUGUUGGUCUUCGAUUCUGGUGCCGCUGGAAAAACACAGCAGGUUUAUGGUUUGAUGACUGGUUGAUUCUAGCCUCACUGGGUUGCGGCGUUGGUCUGACCGCUUCAUUAUUGUGGUGGAUACCUCGCGCUCUUGGAAGGCAUAUUCAGACCUUCGGACCCAAUGCUACGGAGGAAGCAUAUAUCGGGCUAUUCUCUUGUGAACUGACUUACACCGGCGUCAUUGUCCUUGUCAAGUUCUCUAUUCUCGCCUUGUACUGGCGUAUAUUUAACAAGACGAACAUAAAGAUUCCCAUUAGCAUUCUUGCCACAGCGGUCUGCAUGUGGGGUAUCGCUGUAUUUUUGCUCACGUUGCUGCAAUGUGUACCAACCCGAGGAUUAUGGGAUCAUUCUAUUGAUGCCUCUUGCAAUGUUGACAGCCAAAAGUUCCUGUUUGCAAUCUCAAUCCCAAACAUCCUAAUUGAUGUUACUCUUCUCGUGCUUCCUGUGCCUUACAUCCUGAAACUCAACACAUCGAGCAACCACAAAAAGGCUAUUAUGUCAAUGUUUCUUCUAGGCGGUUUUGUGUGUAUCGCCUCGAUAGUGCGACUCGUCUCAGUAAUGACCCAGGGUACUGAUGCGGACGUCAGUUGGAACUGGGUCAAUCAGGCCAUUUGGGCCACCGUCGAAGCUGACUUGGCAAUUGUCUCAGCUUGCCUCCCAGUGUUGCGCCCUGUAUGGGUCAUAGGUCGACGAAAACUCUUUGGUUCCCAACCUACUAACCAAUCGACCGAUCCACCCUCUUGGGCUACGCCACUGAAACACUCUCAGGCCUCAUCAUGGGCCACAAGGAUACUCAAAUCGGACCCCGACGAUAACGAAGACAUGCGGCCUUUCUCUACUGUGAGUAGUUAUACGGAAGAAGGGCCACAACGUUACUCGACAUUCGACCAAGCGCGUACUAAAACGACCGUCGCGAUCCCAUUAUCAACCCUCAAGAAACAAGGGGCUUAUGACAAGGAAGGCAUCACUGUGAACAGAACUUGGGAUGUUGAGUCAAAUCACCAUAGCCACUCGAAUGAAUCGUAA